UCAUUUAUCAACUUGAGAGCUAGGGAGAGAUAGUUUUUUCCUUUUUCUAAAAUGGACCUGAACGAACACUAUCUGUUAGAAGAAGUUUUGGGUUUGAGAAGAUCAGAAAUGAAUUGGGAAUUAGCAAUUGCAACAGAAAUGAACGGGUGGAAUUUUGAUUGUUGUUCUGAUGCUUUGCCAAUGGAUCAGCAGCACAACGAUGAUCUUAACUAUCUUCUGAAUGGGGAAGAUCAGUACUUGAGCACGGAGGCGGCGAUGGCGGCGGCGGGGGGGAGCACGGGGGAUUCGAUGUCGUAUAACACGAUGGUCGAGACGCCGGGAAGUUUUGAGGUUUAUAAUAUUAGAAGUAUGGAAGAGGAGGAACUGGGAAUUUUGGAGGAUGAGAUUCACAAUCUUGAAGUUCAAGCUAACAAUGAUUCUUAUUAUUGUAAAGUUGAGCCUAUCGUCGUUGAAUCUCCUGAAAAGAUGCUACCUAUUUUCAACACGGGUGGUGGCACGUGCGACGAGCAAAAAAUCGUGAAUUACUCGUGUGGUGGUAAGAAACUUCAGGGGCAGCCGUCGAAGAAUCUCAUGGCGGAGAGACGGCGGAGGAAGCGACUUAACGAUCGCCUCUCUAUGCUUAGAUCCAUUGUCCCCAAAAUCAGCAAGAUGGAUAGAACUGCGAUUCUUGCGGAUGCAAUUGAGUACGUGAAGGAACUGAUGGAGAAAAUCAAAAUUUUGGAAAAGGAAAUUAACAUUCCAAACGAGUUGGGGAUUUUGAGAUCACAUAAUAUUGUGAAACCAAAUAAUGAAUAUUUGGUGAGAAAUUCAGCUAAGUUUAAUGUGGAAAGAAGAGAAGAUGAAACAAAGAUAGAGAUAUGUUGUGCAGCAAAGCCAGGGUUGUUAUUGUCAACAGUAAACACUCUUGAAGCAAUGGGACUUGACAUUCAACAUUGUGUUAUUAGCUGUUUCAAUGACUUUGCUAUUCAAGCUUCUUGUUCUCAGAGAGACGACGACGAGGGGAGAAUGGUGAGCACAGAAGAAGUAAAGCAAGCAUUAUUUGAGAAUGCUGGAUAUGGAGGAAAAUGCUUGUAGAACCAAAAUCCAAUUUCAAAUUGAGGAGGGAAAACAAAACAAUCAAAUCUCAAUGUUUUCAAUGAGAUUUAGUUUGUUGAAUUAUUCUUCUUUUUUCUUUUUCCAAUAAUGAAUAAAUGUCUAUGUAUUUAAUUAAGUCAAAAUCACCAAAUUAUUGCCAUAUUAGGAAAUAAAUGGAAAAGUAGAUUUCCAUUUGUAAGAAUUAGUCUUCAGAAGAAAAAAAAAAUGUUAGGAUUUUUAGGAAUGGAUGAGAAAUAAAAAUAAGAGUUUUUUUAUUC